AUGUCUUCGUAUCAGUACUCAAAGCUAGUCGAUGCCGAUAUUCGGCUGCUGACGCACCUCCCUGGCCAACCUGACUCCAGUAUCAAGAUCCAAAUUCACCAUGCUCCACUCAGAGCGCCGCCGGAUAGACCUCGUCAGCAAGUGACGCUGGAUGAGUUGCGGAAAAAGAUACCAGAUGGCUGGGAGGCACAGGAAACUGUCGAGGGACGGUUCAUCUUUGAGAAUGACGAGCUCAAUGUUACUUCUUGGUCACUUCCAGACGACAGGGUUUCUGCUUCGCUGUACAGCACCCCAGCGGACGAAACGCCUCGAAUACUCUGGGUCGACGCCGUCUGCAUAAACCAGGCCGACAUCCCUGAGAGAAACGCACAAGUCCCCCGCAUGUCCGACAUUUAUCGGCUGGCAGACCGUGUGGUAGUCUGGUUGGGUGAAGAAACGAGCAACAGCAAGCUUGCAGUUUCUACCCUCGAUUAUCUUGGUGCCCAGAUCGAGCUGACCAAGCAGGGCGGUAGACUACCCUCCCCGGGUUGUGAUCGCCAGGACUGGUUUCGGUCUCUGACUGAGAUGCCGUAUGACGAAGACACCUGGCAGGCUAUUGCAGACUUGGUCAACCGUGCCUGGUUCGGCCGGCUGUGGGUUCUACAGGAGAUUCAACUUUCCAACCACAAGGCAGUGAUGCAAUGCGGGAUAGAACAGAUCUCCUGGCAGCGGUUCCGCAGGGCCAUGGUUUGCCUUGAAUCCAAGAGGAAUCUUCCACAGGUCGUCAUUUUCAGCAAGCUCCCUCGGCUAGGUGUCUUUUGCCUCCCCGUCGAAGGUGUUAACUUUGCCAUCCUCCUCCUCCGGGUCACACAUCUUGACUGCUCUAAUCCGCGAGACAAGAUCUAUGGGCUGCUUGGACUCGCCUCUCCCAGUCUGCUGGCUCGUGUUCAGGCUCAGUACGCCGAGCCGGUGGAGUCCGUCUACCGAGACCUGUUUCUGGCGAUGACGGACCAGAUGCAGCGGCUCCAUUUCGAAUUCUGCAGCUUGCGGACAAGUCAAGCCCGACAACUUCCGUCGUGGGUUCCGGACUUCUAUGGCGACCUAGUCGAGUUGCUGUUCCGGGGAGGAAGGUAUGCGUCUGGAAUGUCUUGUUCCCAUGCAACCUACGUGGCCCCCGGCUCCCUGUACGUGUCUGGCAUUCGAGUGGGCACCGUGAAGAGCAACAAGGGAGCAUAUCCCGACGAUGUGGCAAAGAGGCUCGCAGUGCUUCACGAUUGGAAGCCGGACGAUCUUGAGACAGGAAUCUAUCCUACAGGGGAAAGUGUCAUGGAUGCUUUUGCCACGACUCUCGGUCAGGAUCAACUUAGAGAUCGGUUUCCUACCUCGGCCGUCCAUCCGUAUCUUGAUGAAUGGAAAGACAAACUGAGCAAACUCUUGGUCACCUCUCAAGACUCUGGCGAGCAUCCAGACCUCGGUGCUUAUGCCUAUGACUUGCGGUUUCUAACCAAGCAGGCCUUCGUCACCUCAGACGGGGGCUACUUUGGUCUGGCUCAUCGAGACACAGCACCAGGUGAUAUCAUCUGUGCCAUCCUUGGAUGCAGCGUGCUGGUUAUCCUCCGCCCGACAACAGUAGGGACCUUUCAACUCAAGGGCAGCUGCUAUCUCCACGGCUUCUCCAGCGCAGAGGCAUUUCUAGGUCCCCUUCCAUCACCAUGGAUCAUCCAGUACAAGCCUGAUUCAUUCGGUGCCCAAGCUCCUUACUUCUUCAACAAGGACACAAAAGAAGAGACGCAGGAGGACCCUAGAUUGGGAAAACUACCUCCUGAGUGGGAAGCUGUCCAGAAGGAGAGAACAAGGGAUGAUCCAAUGCUUUUCAGGUGGUUCCGGAAUAGGAACAAUGGACAUACUAUGAAUUCGGAUCCUCGUAUGCUGCCGCUAGCUUUGUAUGAACGGGGCGUGCCCUUAGAGGACUUCCAACUCAUUUGA